AUGAUUGCUCUGGCAGCUUUCACAGCAUUUUGGUCUGUGAUUACAGCUAUAUUUAUUAAUUUCACUUGGUAUGUAGAGGCUCUCGGAAUGGUGUCAUUGCUAGUUGAGGCUACUCUCGGAGCUCCUCAAUUGAUUAGAAACUUCAAGAGAAAGUCGACUACUGGAAUGAGUAUUCCUAUGGUGCUUGCUUGGCUCUGUGGAGAUUUAGCCAAGACUGGUUACUUUGUCGCCACUGAUAGUCCAAAGCAGUUCUGGGUGUGUGCUAUAUUGCAAAUUACAAUUGAUAUCUUAAUCCUGGGGCAAGUGUUCGUUUAUAGAAAAAACACUGGAUCUGCUGAAUUACCAUAUAAUUCAAACUCUCCCCCUCACUCCGUUCUCGAUUGA